AGAACAUUAAUUAUGAUUUUUUCAGGGUCAUAUUGGAUUUAUCAUUUCCAGUUUUAUAGAUGUCAUUAUGUAGGACUCGAUUAUCUGGAGAAAAGAGCUGUGUUGUAUAAAGCAUAAAGAAAGAAUGCAUUAAUCAUAUACUACAAAAAUAAGUGAGUAAUUGCCUGCCAAACUGUUCAUCAUGGGAUGUGGGACAUCCUCGACCACCAGCAAUCACUCCAUGCGCAAGUCUAGAAAAGCUCACUCUCUCACACAAGCAGGUUCAGUGGCACCAGCUGGAACAGCUUUCAAAUCAGCAGUGUUAAUACAACGGUGGUACCGCCGCUAUGUUGCCCAGUUGGAAGUAAGGAGGAGGUGCACCUGGAGUAUCUUCCAAUCAAUAGAAUACACAGGAGAGCAGGACCAAAUCAAGCUUUAUGACUUUUUCAAUUUCCUAAUGGACCACUUUGCUCCAGACAACAGCAAGGAAAGGAAUUUCAUCUGCCGUAUGUUCACUGAAGAGGAAAACCUAAAAGACACUGAGCUAGAGAAAUACUGUGACUAUGAAUCCAUUGAGGUGCCAGUGUCUUACACAGGUCCUCGACUGACAUUUCCUUUAAAGCCUAGCCAUGCAGCAGCCUUAGUGGAAGCAUUCAAACAGAAGCAACAGCUCCAUGCACAUUAUGUGUUACAUCUUUUACAUGAGACAAGGAAACAUCUCAAACUGCUGCCAAAUAUAAAACACGUCACAACCAGUUACAGCAAGGAGAUCACCAUAUGUGGAGACCUGCAUGGCAGACUGGAUGAUUUGUUCCUGAUAUUUUACAAGAAUGGUCUUCCAUCACCAGAGAAGCCUUACAUAUUCAAUGGGGACUUUGUAGACCGAGGAAAGCAGUCUAUAGAGAUCUUGAUGAUCCUUUUUGCAUUCUUACUGGUUUACCCCAAGGUUGUCCAUUUGAACAGAGGAAAUCAUGAAGACUAUAUGGUUAAUUUAAGGUAUGGGUUCACAAAGGAAAUAAUGAAAAAAUACAAGGUUCAUGGGAAGAAAAUCCUGAAAAUGCUACAAAAUGUUUUUGGCUGGCUUCCAUUAGCAACAAUUAUAGACCAAAAAAUACUGAUUACACAUGGAGGACUGUCCGAUUCUACAGACCUAGAGAUUUUAUCAAAGCUUGAACGACACAAGUUUGCAUCUACCUUACGGCCUCGAAAAAAGAAAGAAAAUGCUAACAAGACAGAGAAGAUAGAGGACAAGCCAGGUCAGGAAACAUAUACAAAUGGAGACAACAUCUUAUCAGUAGGGACAACUUGGCUCCCUCAACCAAGAAGUGGUUCAUUCUCAUGCAGUGCCACUCCAAGCCUUCUGCCUGCCUAUAAGGGCAAAAGAUCUGCUAGCAGCCCAACCACCAUAUCAGUUGACAAAAAGGAGAUUUCCAAACGAGUGCGGGAAGCUGUAGAUAAAGAGCUGGUAAAAUGCCGCAGACAAGUGGGUUUCACAGAGACCUAUUUAGAGCCUAUUAGUCCAUCAUCUGUGUCCGAGUCUGAAUCUGAUCCUGGAGAAACACAGGAAUAUGACAUGAAUAAUGAAGAAAGGAAGCAGAUUGUUGACAUUCUUUGGAGUGAUCCCAUGGCCCAAGAAGGGUGUAAAUCAAACAAUGUUCGAGGUGGGGGGUGCUACUUUGGUCCAGACGUCACAGAAAAGAUUCUUCGAAAACAUGGGCUGCAAAUGUUAAUCAGGUCUCAUGAGUGUAAGCAGGAAGGAUAUGAGUUUUGUCACAAUGGAAAGGUGCUGACAAUAUUUUCAGCUUCAAAUUAUUAUGAAGUGGGAAGUAAUAAAGGGGCAUAUGUAAAGUUGGGUCCAGAUCUGGUUCCUCAUUUUGUGCAGUACCAAGCUAACAAAACUACAAACACCCUAACCUUGAGGCAAAGAGUGAGUACAGUGGAAGCAUCUGCACUGAGGGCCUUAAGGGAAAAGCUGUUUGCUCAUAAGUCAGAUCUCAUCUAUGAAUUCAAAAGAUAUGACACAAAUAAGUCUGGAAAUAUCACAUUAAAUGACUGGGCAACUGCACUGGAGUCUGUCCUGAAUCUAGGCCUGCCCUGGAGAAUGCUCAGGCCACAACUUGUCCGAAAUGCUACAGAUGGACUGUUGAGAUACAGAGAGUGGUUUGAUGAGCUUGCUGUGUGCCAACCAAUCAAAGAGAAUUUACAUUCAAGUCUUCUGGAAGCUCUCUAUAGAAAUAGAUCAGACUUGGAAACAAUAUUUCGAAUUAUUGAUAGUGAUAGCUCAGGACUAAUUUCAUUUGAGGAAUUCAAACACACAUGGAAGCUGCUAAGUUCUCACCUCAAUAUAGAGGUCAGUGAUGAAGCUAUCUGUAACCUGGCUAAGAGCAUGGACUUCAAUAAGGAUGGUAAUAUAGACAUCAAUGAGUUCCUGGAAGCUUUCCGUUUGGCUGACAGACCACAUAUUGAGGACAGAGAAUCCGAUUUUUGAUGGAUACCAGACAUACUGGAGAGACAAAUACCUGCUGAGCGGUGACAAGUACAACAGAUAAUUCCCUACUCAUUUAUACUAUUGAGACUGUGACAAUUUUAUGAGGCAUCCCUCUUGUGUUAGGUUCUUAACUUUGGAUAUGAGAAGAGAGCCUCACAGUAUUAUGCCAUUUUAGAAAUAUGUAAAUGCAUGUGUUUCUACCUGUUUAUCAAGGGCGGACCGGAAACUUAAAGUGGCCCUGUUUUGUAGUUGGGUCCAAAUAGAUGGAAGGCAGGGCCAGCAA